UUAACGCGGAUUUGAAUAUCGAUGAAUUUAUUUCCAGACUUUUGGAGGGUAACGCAUUUUACAUUUUAAUAUAUGAAUUCCUAGUAAGAGGUUCUAGACCGGGCAAUCUUGUAAACAUGAAAGAAGAAGAAAUUCGCAUUCUCUGUGAAAAAUCACGUGAACUUUUUCUUGCGCAGCCAAUCCUACUCGAAUUAGAGGCACCCCUUAAGAUAUGCGGUGACAUACAUGGGCAGUACACUGACCUCCUAAGACUCUUUGAAUACGGCGGGUUCCCUCCCGAGUCAAAUUAUCUCUUCUUGGGGGAUUAUGUAGAUCGAGGAAAGCAGAGCCUUGAGACAAUUUGCUUGUUGUUAGCAUACAAGAUACGCUAUCCUGAAAAUUUUUUCCUUCUGCGUGGCAAUCAUGAAUGUGCAUCAAUCAAUCGAAUUUACGGCUUCUACGAUGAAUGUACGUCAAUAUUUAACGUAAGCGACGUUACAGUGUCAAGUUGUGGAAAACAUUUACCGACUGUUUUAGCUGUUUACCAAUCGCUGCCAUUGUUGACGAAAAGAUAUUUUGCUGUCAUGGAGGUACUUAAUUCCCAUUUAAAAAGAGAUAACUAA